ACAACACAAAUUCCUAACAAUGGGACCAUAACUCAUAUCUCUACAGAUCACCCGAUAAUUCCUGUCACUACCGAUCGGCCCAUAAGUAUUAGUACUAAUACUUCGAGCAAAACAUUAAGUGAUCGACUGUUGGAGCCGUUGAUGGACUCAUUGCCGAAACUGUUUGUUGAGGACUACGUCCAGGAAAUACUAAUGACGGGAGAAAUGAAUGCCGAAAACAUACGCUACGGACAAAAGUACUGGAAGCGAACUAAACACGUGAUGCUCACGCGUCUAGAAAUGUUAAAACGUGCGCUAAGUGUGACCACCAAUGAUUACGAGCGCCAAUUUUUGGGACCAGUUGUGUUAGGAAUGGGCAAAAAACUGGGCAAAUAUUUGGACAAUUUUGAACAAUUAUUGGGCGGCAUUAGCGACGAUAUACUAAUGCACGCGCCCACCGAUACGCUCAUUAAUAAUCAUCUAGUAAUGUGGCGCGAAAUGAGACGUGGUUCAUUCGUACGCAUGAUGGCCACCGAUUUGGUGCCCCUCUGGCAUAUAUUGCAGAUCCAGGAGUACCUGAAACGUCAGCCCCAAUACAAGCCGAGCCCGUUGUCUAACUUUAUACAGUAUAUGGACUUUAAUAUUGAAGGAGUGUUCAACUUUUACAAGAGUGUCAUUGACUCACACGCGACAAAUAUGACGGCCGCCGAUGAGCUCGACCUCUUCCAACUGAUUCGUGAAAUGAAUGAUCUCGAUCUUAAAUUCCAUAUAAUGCCUAUCCUUCCAAAGGACAAGACAUUAUGCGAUCGAGUGUUUGACACAUUAGAGGACGCGAUGGCAAAGAUGUAUAAAACAGAUUACGUUCAGAAAGUAUUAAUGAACGCAACGCUGAGUCCGGAAAACAUACGCUUCGGUCGCAACUAUUGGAAGCGAUCCAAAGAUUAUCUAAUGAGCACCGGUUUAACCGAGUAUUUCGCAAAGUUUGAACAACUAUUGGGUGGCGUUCCCGAUGAGGUGCGGCUCCGGGCGAUGGACGAGUCGGCCAUUGACUAUAAGCUACUAAUUUAUCGCGAAAUGAAACGUGGUUCGUUCCUACGCAUGUUGUUGCUGGAAAUGGUGUACGUUUGGCGUACACUACACUUCCAAGAGUACGUUAAACUUCAGCUCCACUAUCGGCCCCAACCCCUGUCCGAUAUGAUUAUGUUUAUGAAUAUCCCUAUGAAACAAGUGGCCACUAUGUAUAGGAAGAUCAUCGAUAGCCACGGCAACAAUAUAACUGCCGCCCAAGAACUCGAGCUCAUCCAAAUGAUUAAAGAAGUGGAACACGUAGAUGCUAAAUAUCUCAGUACUACA